AUUCCAUCAUUUUCUUUUUUACUUCUCACUAACAAAAAAAACUUCAAUUUUAAGGAAAGAGAAAGGAAAAAUUUUUAGUUCUCAUAAAAUUCUAAAAGAAAAAUAAGAAAAAAGAAGAGGCAAAGGUCUCUGGCUAUUAUUUCACCGCCGGUGACAGUGACCUUGCCGGAAAAUGAAUAUACCGGCGAAACAUCCUUUUCUUCUCCAAAGGAAUGCUCGUGUUUCAGUUCACCACCGUCAUGUGUUCCGUGAAAAGCCCUAACCCGUGCGUAGAUCUUGUCAUUUUUAUUCCCAACAUAUUAAGAAAAAGCUCUCUCCUUUCCCCUUUCUUGUUUGUUUUCCUCUGUGCCAAAGAUGGGGUUGUUCUUUAGUUCUUAAUUACUUUUUUUUUGGGGGGGUCUCUGUAGAUAUGGAGAUGAAUGAGGCCUUUGGAAAAUACGGACUUUUGAUGAUGAUCUAUUGACCUCUUAACCUUUCAAAGAUUGGAUUUUUCCGGUUCUUACUUUCAUCCUAAUUAGCUUAGUGGUUUUGGGUUUUUUUUCUUUGUUUGGUUGGAAAAACAGUAAGCUUCAGUUGAGAAAGUAGUCGGUUUUUCUCUGAUUCUGAGUAUAUAUCGAGAGAAAAAAUUUCGAGGGAUUUAUUUGGGGAAUUUGAAUAGCUCGAAAAAGGAUGCCUUUUCCGAUGAGGAUUCAGCCGAUCGGUUCCGAGCAGGAGUACCGGGAGGCUUCAAAGCCACCACCAGUCUUAAAAUCGAGGCUGAAACGGCUUUUCGAUCGGCCAUUUAACAGUGUUUUGAAGAUAUCAUCGGCGGACAAGCCGCCGGCCGUUUCCGGCGAAGUGAAAGGCGCGGCUGUGGUACCGGAAUUCGAGCCCAGCUCAGUUUGUCUGGACAAAAUGGUGCAGAACUUCAUGGAGGAAAGCCCUUUUGAGAAGCCGCAAACCACUCAGAAAUGUGGCCGGAAUAGAUGCAAUUGCUUCAAUGGGAACAGCAAUGACAGUUCCGAUGAUGAAUUCGAUUUUGGAUUUGGCGAUUCCGUCAGUAAUACGAAUUCGUCCUUUGGUGAUUCCAUUGAUAGUCUCAAGAGCUUAAUUCCUUGUUCAACAACUGUGGAGAGGAACUUAUUGGCUGAUACUUCAAAAAUCGUGGAAAAGAACAAAACUUGCAAAAGGAAAGAUGAUCUAAGGAAAAUAGUCACUGAUGGACUAAUAGCACUUGGCUUCAAUGCUUCAAUCUGCAAAUCUAAAUGGGACAAGACUUCUUCAAUCCCAGCUGGGGAAUAUGAGUACAUUGAUGUAAUUGUGGAAGGAGAAAGGGUGUUGAUCGACAUAGAUUUCCGAUCGGAAUUCGAGAUUGCCCGAUCAACCGGGAAUUACAAAGCCAUCUUGCAAUCCCUUCCGUUCAUCUUCGUCGGCGGCAUUGAUCGGUUGCAGCAGAUUAUAGCUAUCGUUUCGGAGGCGGCGAGAUUGAGCCUGAAGAAGAAAGGAAUGCAUAUAGCUCCAUGGCGGAAAGCAGAGUAUAUGAAGGCCAAAUGGAUCAGCCCAUCUGUCAGAACCACCGUUCCUCCGCCCCAACCCAAACCCAUUCAAACCGAUGAGAUUAAGAUCGACGAGGCGGCGGCGGAGGAGGUGGUUGAGGCCGAGGCGGAGGCGGCGGAAGAAGCUGUUGUAAAAGCUACUGAAGAGAGUGAGGAGUGUGGAGAAUUGGAAUUGAUAUUUGGUGAGGAAUCGGAGACGUCGGAUGAACCACCCAAGUCAUCGCCACCGGUGAUGAUUCCCGGCGAAGAAGCAAAAGGGAAGACGCCGGUGAUCGUGACAUGGCAACCGCCGGUGAUAAAACCCCUGAGUUGUGAAAGGAGCAACCGGGUUAUGGUUACCGGAUUGGCAUCUCUGCUCAAAGAGAAGCCUUAAAAUUUUGGUCCUUUUUUUUUUUGCCUUAUUUAAAAUAAUUUUCUAACUAUUUUGGAGUACAAGGAAAAAAAAAAGAAGAAAAUUAUAGCAAAAAUCACUACUAGUAAAUCUAUAAUCUGAGGUCCUUUAUACAGAUUAGCGGAUGUUAUCUCUUUUUUACUAUCUUGGGAAGUUUUUCCCUUUCUUUUUUAAUGGAAGGGUAUGUAAGGAGCAUGGUAGCAAAUAAAUUAGCAAUAGCAUAAAGGGUAAAAUUGUAAAAAUUUUGAAAAAAAAAGUAUUUUUAGUUUCUUUUUGGUUACAAAUUACUGUCUCUACUCUGGAUUAUUAUUUAUUUCUAUAGCUUCCAUAGCAAAAAGUUUAGCCAUGAAAUAUUGUAAUCUACUCCCCUCUUGUUGGAUCCAUAUCCAAAUGUUCCUAUUUGGGAAACAUCAUCAGGUUUUAUUUUUAAAAUUUUUUAAUUCGAUUAGUUUAUUGAGAAGUUUCUCGUAUUUUGAGAAAUGCGAUAAGUAUGAAAUAUUGUCAAGAAAAAAAUAAAAUUAAAAUUAUAUAUAAAAAAAAAACAGUAGUUUUUGGGGUUUGGGUUUGGGAGGGGUAGAAUGGUGAAUUGAAAAAGGAUGAACGCAGACAGGGAAGGCAGGCUCGUGCUGUCUUGAAGGGUGUGUUAUGGACGAGACAGUGGUGGAGAUAACACGAGAACUACGUGAUUUGACAAUAUUCUCCUAGGUGUGCUCUCCAAUUUUACCUUUUCUUUUUCCAUUUUUAACUUCUUUCUUUCUGGCCUUUCUCUGAAUUGCUUCAUGAUUAUUAAUCAUGAAAGUUCUUUACAAUCAUUAUUUUGGUGAUUCCAUUCAAUAACUCUUGAAUAUGAUUGUAUAUUGUGUUAUUGUUUUUUUUUCUUUUUGCUUAUUACUCGUAGUCUUAUACAAGAUUAAAUCGCAUUUCAUGAGGUCAUUAAGUUUAUUUUACGAGACAUUACCGUUGUUAACUUUUUAAUAAAUGUCUUUGAUUUUCAACACAAGAUGCAUGAUUAAGCCUUCAACCAUCUAAUAAAUUUCGGUUAAGACUAAUUGAUCUUUUUCUAUGGCUUAUUAUAUCAAUACAUGAACCUUAUAGGUCACACUUAAAUUGUUCUCAUUCGAUCUAGGUAGACUCUUCUAACUGCUUAAAGGUUUGCUAGCUAAAAUAGACAAAUUAGAAAGAAAAAUUGUGUUGUUGCGACCAAAAUAAGUAUCGUUUUAGCAAAAUGAAAAAAUUUCAAAAAAAGUAUCGUUCUCACAUUUCAAUACACUUUUUGUCCAAAAUUUUCAAAAUUAUCCUCAAAAGAAUUAAUAGUGUUGGUGGACUUUUUUUAAUAGGGUUGGUUGAGGAUAUUCAAAUAAUUUUAUUACCCUAUUAAAGAAUUUUUUAAAUUAUGUGCAAAGUGUAGGAUGUCAUUUAUUUUAGAAUGAAGGGAGUAUCACCUAGCAAAGGGAGGAGAAGUUCGAUCUACUAUAUUAAGAUCUAGAUGCUUUAUUUUUGUUCAUUGCUUCAUCUCUUUUUCUUUUAAUUUUUUUCCCCUUUUCCUUUUUGGAAAUCUUAAAACCUAGGGCUUGGAGUAAGUUAGCAAUAUUCUAUUUUGGUGAGGAGAUUUGAGAAUUGAGGACUCGUGAAACGCACUUUUUAAACUCGAGUUUUUACACCGGAGUUAGCAAAAAACUUGGCUGUUGCUGCCUUUUACUUUUACUUUUCCAAUAUACUAUAUAUAUAUAUAUAUAUUUUUUUUUUUUUUCUUUUCAUUAUUCUCUUUUUGUAAGGGCC